AUGGGGUUGUACUCAGUUACAGUUUAUGGUUUCGUGAACCGUGAUGGCUAUUUCUCAAGACACAAGAUUAUAGAAGUUGACAAAAAAUUAAAGCAUCUUAGAAGGCACUCCUUAAAAACUAUCCAGAGUAAAGAUGGUGAUAUUAUUGAUUGCAUCGACAUAAAAAAGCAGCCAGCCUUUGAUCAUCCUGCGUUGAAAGAUCACAAAAUCCAGAUGGCUCCCACUCCCACUUAUAAUUCAGUUAAGGAGGACACAACACCAACUAAAAGCAAACCCAAAACGAUGAAGCAAAGGGCUGAAGGAUCAUCUAUGAUAGUGACUUCCCAAGUAUGGCAGAAAAGUGGAACAUGUCCAGAGGGAACAAUACCUGUUCGAAGAAUACGAAAGAGAGACUUGCUCAAGGCUCAUUCAAUAGAAGAAUAUGGAAGGAAAAAACCGAGUUUCUCUCACCGAAAAGUUGAUCAGCUCAAUCAGAAUCUCGAGUCCUUUUUACAACUGCAAAACCACUCUAAGGCAAUAUUGUUCACAGAUGGAUACCGCUACUUGGGAGGUAAAGGAGACCUCAAAGUGUGCAACCCUUUUGUUGAAAGGGACGAUGAGUACAGCACUGCCCAAAUCGCUCUCUUAAAUGGGGCUUACAAUGACUUUGAGUGCAUUGAAUCUGGUUGGGCGGUAAAUCCCAGUGUAUAUGGAGAUAGGCAGACUCGGUUAUUCAUAUAUUGGACAGCUGAUGCUUCAAAGAAAACGGGUUGCUUUGAUCUGAUUUGUCCUGGGUUUGUUCAAACUAGCAACGAAAUUGCAUUGGGUGCUGCAAUUUAUCCAAUAUCAAUUCCUGGUGGGCUUCCGUACAUAAUAAAUAUUUACAUCUACAAGGAUCCAAUUACCAAUAAUUGGUGGUUGCAAUAUGGUGAGAAGACCAAUGUAGGUUAUUGGCCUCCUGAGCUAUUCGAAGCAAUAUGCUACAAUGCGGAAUCUGUGGAAUGGGGUGGCGAAGUUUACAGCACAAGAGUUGCACAUAGUACUCCUCAUACUAGAACACAAAUGGGUAAUGGACAUUUUGCUACAGUUUAUGGAGAUGCUUGUUCCGUAUCAAGAAUGAGAAUUCAUGACAAUUCUGCCACCUUGAAGAUCCCUGAAUGGGUUGCCAAGUUCUCAGACGAAUAUUACUGCUACGAUGUUUGGUAUAUGGGAGAUUAUAUUGAAGAUCCUCAACUCUAUUAUGGAGGGCCUGGUAGAAACCCAAUGUGCCCUUAA